UGUCUGAUUUUUCGUGGGUGUUUGUGGAAGUACUUCUGGAGCGAUUAUUGGCCAGUACCAAGUCCAGCGGAUCAUCUCAAAUUGCGAGCAGUUCUGUUGUCACCUGGGAUUUCUUCAUGAUAGCAUCUAAUUUGUUCUUCACGGUUGCCUCCAUCUGAGUUCUCCCUAGUUUUUACGCUUUUGAGAAACAUAAGCCUUCAAUCUAUCUAAGUGCUUGGCUUGUUCCCUAAACAAAUCAAAUGUUUUACCCUAUUACUAUAUCAAUUACUAUAUUAUAAACAAUCAUCUUUGCAUUUGUGCAGCCAUCGCAUCCAUUUGAAUGCCACGGAACCAACGCACGAGAGAAGUAAAUGCAUGAAUCCGGUUGCGAAGCUCCGGUUACGUCUCGGAUAUAUUCUGUGGCUGUUUUCCCAUUGAUAUUUUAUAAUCUCCUCGUCGUUCCUGUACCAAGCUGGAAGAUGGGCUGCGCAAUAUCAGGAUUGGGUUUGGUAGCAAAAACACAGGGAGACAUAAGAGAUGAGGACGUUGCGGUGACAAAACUAAGCCAGGAACAAAUUGAAAUGAUCAAAGAGUCUUGGAAAGUUAUCCAAGAAGAUAUCGCCAAAGUUGGAAUAAUAAUGUUUGUCAGAUUGUUUGAGACCCAUCCAGAAUGCAAAGACGUGUUCUUCCUGUUCAGAGACGUGGAGGACCUGGAGAGGCUGCGAACCAGCAAAGAGCUGCGAGCCCAUGGACUGAGGGUGAUGUCUUUCAUUGAGAAGAGUGUGGCCAGGUUGGACCAGCUGGAGAGGCUGGAUCAACUGGCCCUGGACCUGGGCAGGGGCCACUACCGCUACAAUGCCCCACCAAAGUACUACGGGUAUGUGGGGGUGGAGUUUAUUCGUGCUGUCCAGCCAAUUCUGAAGGAGAAGUGGACUGACGAGCUGGAGGAGGCCUGGAAGGCCCUGUUUUUGUAUGUCACUAGGAUAAUGAAGAAGGGCUACUGGGAGGAGGAGAGGAACCAACACAACAACUAUGUGGAGCCAAGCAAAGACAAACCAGAGAAGAAACACACCCGUCUUUAAGACCCUCCACUAGUCUUUACUAACCCACUGUGGCUUCUGAAAUUGCCUGGCUUCUCUGCAGUUUUCACCAACAUUCAAACCUAUUGGAACCAAUCAACAUGCUGAGUUAUAGCCCUCUCAAUUGCAGACAUACCCAAAGACUGUGUGACCAAUGGUUAAGCAGAGACACAUGUUACUAAGCUGUGUAAAUACGUCGCAAAUUACUUUCUAUUCAUUCUUUGCACGUUGCAACAUCUCUAUUGCAUUCAGCACAGCCAGUACUUUUUCUUUUCUACCUGCUUUUCUCAUGCUUAACUCUUACUAAAGUCAUUAGAUUGAACACUUCUUGAGAAGUUGGGUAAGACUCUAAGAGCACUGGUGAUGGAAGAAUUAGAUGUCAUGAUGCCAAAAUGGGCGGGGCUGUCAUAUAAUUUUGCCAAUUGCAAUUGGUCACAGUUGCCCCACCCUCACAAACAACCAGCCCCAUUAAAGGUCUUCUCUUCCGUUGGCCUUCUCACAGUAUAUCUGCAGUGAGAAGUACUUGGCUAAUCGGAGUCGGCAUCAGUGUGCCAGAAAGACUGUGAUUAUGACAUCAUAAAUGGGAUGGGCUUGGUUGGUGUAAUUGUAUGUUUGUCCACUGAAGGUAGUUUGUGUCCUUGGAAAAGGACAUCAUACCAGGUAGGAUAGUGAAGAACAUAAAUACCUUUUUUCUGUCAUUUUUCUGAUUUUCUGUCAUGUGUGAUGGUCCAGCAUGACAGCAAGCCCUGCAUUUUAAAUGCCAAAGCCCAUUUUCUGGAUAAAUUAUGGUUUUUCUAGAAUAACUUGGCCAACACCCCACAACACUGACCAACAGGCGGGAAAUGUUAAUGUUAUAAGUGUUAAAGAUAUUCCAUGAUUUUUCCCAAGAAAUCCACCAUAGAUACCUAUAACAGGGCUUGCCUGUUUUCUAUGAACUGUACACAUUAACGUACACAUAUUCAGCAUGUACAAUCUACGUCUGUCAGAGAUCAUGUAAGCGCUCUCUGAGCUAAAUGCUCACUGUACCUGUGUCUGUUGCAUUCGUUUAGAAAUCUCCUCCAAAUGUUGAAAGUCAGCUAAUAGAAGCAUAGCCCUUAUGUACAUUCUUUGACUAAUUGGCCUAUUUUUCAGUUGGGAUCCAAUAUGACUGUGGUAUUGUCAGAACAAUGGUAGAAAUGGAUGCAUACAUUGAUGCACACAUACCAUUAUUUUUUGGUGCCCUGCUUGUAAACUUGUAAAUGUUUAAAAUGUAUAAUAAACAUCCUUAUUGAAAACAUGUAAAUAUCACCCAAAUACAAA